AUGCUGUCGCAUGUCAAACAACAUAACAUACCUGGAUUCGGUGGUGCUGGUAUUGGUUUCGGUACAACUGGAGAUGGUUUGGGUGGAGACGGCUUCGGUACGUCUGAAUGAAAAAAAAAAUAUUAUUAUCAUUUAAAUGAGUUCAUAAUGACACUAUGAAACAGAGAUGUGCGGGGCAUUGAUUUUCCAUGCCCCGCGGAGCCCGCCCCGUAAAAUUCACAAAUCCGUCCCGUCCGAACCCCGUGGAUAUUCUUUUUGAGAAUCCCCGCUCCGCCUGUGCCCCGGCAAAUCUAUACCCGCUCCGCCCGUACCCCCCACAGGCAGCUCCUUGGACUGACCCGCCAUUUUUGUGACAGGCCCCGACCCGUCCCCGUGUAACCCGCAGAAAUUUUUUAUUUACCAAAUACUUUAUUUUUAAUGAUGCAUUCCUUUUAUGAAUAAUCAUUUUUUACAAAAACAAAACUCAAGUCUAUAUGAGAUGGCUUUGAAUGAUUCCCUUUGUGAUUGUCGACAAGCACGUAUUUUUCUGGUUGUUCUUUUGAAAACAUUUUUAUAUUUGAUGAAUUACGUUUAAUAUUACUCGAUGAACAAUGACUGAGAGAUGAAGAAAUAAUUGUAGAUGAACGAUCAGUAUUCGACGAAGCUGUCCUAUCAAGUGAUUUAUCAGGAGAUAAAUCAUGUAAUUCGAUCAUACUUAGGUCUGACCAAAAGUUCUGGCAACAUUAUAUAAAAAUAUAAAGAUAAGUAGGCAUCUUUAAUUUUAUUUUAUCAAAUAUUGAGGACAGUUGCCAUGAUUAUUUAUACCAAGUUCGAUCCUUUCC